UAUAUAUAUAUAUAUAUCUCUGUAAUUCUCUGUCACAUAUAUAUACUCUUCGUUCUCUCAAUGAUUCCUUCACUCUCUCUCUACGCUUUAAUCCAUCAAUCGCAGCCUCAAUUCUUCACUUUCUCUCUCUCUUUCUCUUGCUCUGAACUGUCCCGAUACUGAUCCUACAGUUCAAUCGAUCAAUUCUGUGUUUGGUUUCUUGGACUCACAAUCUAACUUUCUCUCUCUCUCUCUCUCUCUCUCUCUAACAUUGAUAAAUUCUUGUGUUGAACUUUCUAGGGUUUUGUUGGAGAGGGAAAUGAGGGAUGUUCUCAGGGCUGGUAAGGAUGGCAUCGACAUGUUGGGGACCUGUUCGACGAUAUGCCCGUAUGAACAAGGAUAAUAAUAAUAAUAGUAAUAAUAGUAGUGGUGAUGAUGAUGAAUCGGGCGGUGGUGAAGACGCGCUUCUCUGGUGCAGAGACCUCGAGAAGCAUUCAUAUGGAGAGUUCUCGUUCGCUGUUGUACAGGCCAAUGAGGUUAUUGAGGAUCACAGCCAGGUUGAGACUGGCCGUGACGCCACGUUUGUUGGAGUCUAUGAUGGGCAUGGUGGUCCCGAAGCCUCCCGCUUUAUCCGUGACCAUCUCUUCCUUCAUCUAAUCAGGCUUGCUCAACAAAAUGGAACAAUAUCUGAAGACAUUCUUAAAAGUGCUUUUUCUGCUACUGAAGAUGGAUUUCUUACUCUUGUGCGCCGGUCAUGUGGAAUAAAACCAUUAAUUGCAGCCAAUGGGUCUUGUUGUCUGGUUGGAAUCAUCUGGAAAGGGACAUUAUAUGUUGCCAAUCUAGGUGAUUCGAGAGCUGUAAUAGGCUAUGUGGGUAGAUCAAAUAAAAUUGUUUCUGAACAGCUGACUAAGGAUCACAACGCCAGUAUGGAGGAGGUUAGACAAGAACUUAGGUCCUUGCAUCCAGAUGAUUCGCAUAUUGUUGUUAUGAAAAAUGGGGUGUGGCGUAUCAAAGGGAUCAUUCAGGUUUCUAGAUCUAUCGGAGAUGCAUACUUGAAGAGGCCAGAGUUCUCUCUUGAUCCAUCAUUCCCGCGGUUCCACCUAUCUGAACCCUUCCGUCGGCACAGUUCUGACGCUGAACCAUCCAUAUAUUCAAGAGUUUUACGACCAAAUGACAGAUUUCUAAUAUUUGCAUCUGACGGGCUUUGGGAACACUUGACAAAUCAACAGGCUGUAGAGAUUGUUUACAAUAACCCUAGACCAGGAAUUGCAAGAAGGCUUCUUAAAUCAGCUCUGAAUGAAGCAGCUAGGAAAAGAGAGAUGAGGUACAAUGAUCUUAAGAAGAUUGAAAAGGGAGUGAGACGGUUCUUUCACGAUGAUAUUACAGUGGUCAUCAUCUUUAUUGAUCACGAGUUGCUGGUGAAAAAUACUACAGUGCCAGAACUAUCAAUACGAGGGUUCGUUGACACUGUUGGGCCAUCAAAUUUUAACAUUCUGCAAGGGAUGGAUGCGAAAGCAAAAGCGAAAAAUGUUGUUUGAAGGAGAGUGCCCCCUUACUUGAAUUGUUCAGUCCUGCUUGGAGAAGCGUAGGUUCUGCUAAGUUUUCAUUUUCCUUCAACUUAUUCCCAACAUCUAAUGGUUGUUUCUAGUGAUAUUGUUUUUAUCGUUCUGAGUUACUACUAUUUCAAUUGGAACCUCCUUUUCUGCCAUUAAGAUAUGCAUUCUCCAGUGAUUUUAUUGGUUCGAUUUAUAUUUUUUUGAAAGAAAAAUUUGUUGUGAGCA